AUGAAACACCAGCUUAAGAGAGACAAAUAGUAGCAAUAUAGCGAAUUUACAUAGCAAUAAACUCUUCCUUAGUUCAAAGCUAAAGGAUAUAACAAGUUUCUUGAAGAAAAUGAAUUUAGACAACAAUAGCUUAAACAUAUAGAAAAAGGAAAUGAAGAAGUUUAAGUUGAAGGAGGUAUUGCUAUGAAGACUCUUUUAAAGCAAGAUGUUAUGAUAGAUAAAGACAUGAUCAGAUAAACUUACGAUUUAGCAGUGAAGCUACUAAAAUAAUGGAGUGAGGAUACAAUAAACUAAUGGAAGAAGGUGUUUAUUCUCACACUUUAAAAGAUUAAAAAUGAAGCUUUAAAUAUGCAAGCUUUACAAUUAGUUAUAUAACUCCUUGAGAAAAAUUAGCCAAUAGCCACAAGAAAAGCUGCAACAUUUCUAAUGGGAAAGAUAUGCUUUGUAUUAGAGUCUGACUAGUUCGUGGAAUUAUUGGACGAUGAAGAAGAGGAGGUCUAGUGCUGGGCAUUAGAAAGUCUUAAACAUGUUAUGGACAAACUUAGUCCACCAAUUUUGGAAAAUCUAAUUUUGCCCUAAAUCCAAAAAUUGUUACUCACUGAAAGACAGAAAAUUAUAGAAAAACUGACAGACGUCCUUGGUGAAUACCUAGACAAAUUAUAUGAGAGACAGUAUAACGUAUAAAUACAAAGAGAUUUUGCAGUAUUUCUGAAUAAAUCACUGAUGGAUUUAGUUAAAAAAGAGAAUGAUAAAGAGCACAAAGAUAAUGUUUUCAUGAGUUUCUGCUACAAUCUACCUGCUUUUAGUCUAUAAAUUUCUGAGGAACUAUUCCUACACUAUCUCAUACCUAUUGUUAUAAAGAUCUAAGACUAUUAAGAAUCACUUUAUAACUUGAUAGUCUCCUUGCCAUAAGUUAUCCGAAAUAUGCAAAACGAUGAAAGCAGAUUUGAGCUAUUAAAAAUUCUGCAUUAGAAACUUGAUAAAGCUAUAACAGAUAAAGAAAGUAUAGUGAUUAAUCUAAUUGUAAAGGAAAUAAGUGUGCUUUAUGAGGACUAUCAAAGUACAGAAUUAAGAUAACAAUUUCCAGAAUCAUUUAGAAUGUUUUCCUCAAUUAAAAAAUAGCUGGUAUCUAUCCAAUCUCUUGUAGAGAAAGAUUGGAGAAAUUAUGAGAACUAUUUAAAUUUCGUUAGAAAAAUCAUACAGUACAUUGAACCUUAAAAUUUCAAUAAAAAUUUUUUGCAAAACAUUCUGAAAAACCUAAAAAAGUAAAACCUCCAGAAUAAAAAUCUAAUAGCAGAUCUGCUUAUUCAAAUUUUGACAAAGACCUCUAAUAACAAAUCAAGACAAGAGAUUCAUUAAUUUAUGAACUAUGACUUAUCUUAAGCUAAAGAGAUGGCUGAAAAUGCUUACUAGGAAAUAAUUUCUUAAGAAUAUCGUCAACUUUUAUAAUCAUAACUGAGGAAAAAAGCAGAACUAAAUCUUGCAGCACAAGAAAUCGCUCUGUAUUAAAAAGAAAAGGAAGAAAUUGAAUAGGAAAAGAAAAGAGAUAUUGACAAGAUUAUGAGAUAAGCGAAGGAUGCCUACUUUAGCAAAGUAAAUCAAUCCUUCACAUUUGCUAAACAAUAGGGAUUAUCAAUGUCUAAUUAAUCAGCUAGAUAAGGCACAGGAAGUUUAAUUACCUAGGCAAACGAUUUCAUAUCCUCUGGUCCAAUUGCAUUAGGAAUUUAACAAAAUAACCCAAUAAAAGCUACUUUUUUAUCAUAAAAAGAGGAAAACAAAAGGGAUAUGUCAAUUGAAAAUGUUAGUAACUAUAGUAACCCUGGAAAUUAAAGUGCACUUAAUACUCUUUUGCCUCCUAUCUAUAGAAAUAACUGGGAAAAUUCAAGUACAAAUAGUGGAUGCUAUAAUAACGGAGGAGAUGGUUCAACUAAGAGUGGGACAUCAAGAAACGUCUCAAAAAACGGAAACGCCACUAUCUAUGGCCUUGAAAAUUACUCAUAAACAAGUGCCUCAUCAAGCAAUGCAAAAAAUUUGAUGUUGCCCAUUCAUCCAAACACGAUUAAAAAUAGAAAUAAUAGGAAAAUUGACAUGAUUUCAACCUAAAAAAGUACAAAUUUCAAGAAUAUAGCUAUAUCACCACUUUUAAAUCCGAAGAAAUAUGAAGUAAAAAAGUUUUGA